AUGGAUGAUUUCGAAUCUGGCAGCAAAGAAGAAGUUGCAACGGAGGUGUUUGGGUUUAUGGCAGCGGAAGAGAGUGAUUUAGGAUGGCUAAAUGGAGUGGAGGAAGCUUUGUAUGAUAUUGUCAGCCUGCAAAACGAAGAUGGAUCCUUUUCAGGGGAUAUGUGGGGUGAAGUUCAUACGCUGUUCUCAUAUAUUGCUAUUUGUUGCUUAUCAAUAUUACAUUGCUUGGACAAAAUCAAUGUGGAGAAAGCUGUGAAGUACAUUAUAAGUUGCAAAAAUAUGGAUGGUGGUUUUGGUUGCACCCCUGGUGGGGAAUCUCAUGUUGGUCAAAUUUUCUAUUGUGUGGGAGCCCUUGCCAUAACGGGGUCACUAGAUCUUGUUGACAAGGACCUACUAGGUUGGUGGUUAUGUAAGCGACAGGUUAAAUCUGGAAGUCUGAAUGGGCAUCCUAAGAAACUUCCUCAUGUGAGCAAAUCUUUUCACCUCCUCCUUCGAUGCUUGAAAUUAAAAAGAAAAGAAAAAUCAGAACUUGAAGAUUGUUUUUGCAAGGAAUCGUAA